GGGAAAUCUGAAAGUUUAGAUCCAGAAAUUGUAGUUGACUUGCAGGAAAUGCUUGAUAAGAGUAAUGUCCUUGCACAAAGUUUUCGUUAUGCUAGGGAUCGUUACAAAGAAGAUGAUCUCAAAGGGGUGAAGAUGAGAUUGAUUCGACGCAGGUCCAAUGAUGGAAGAACCUAUAAUCUUCCAACUGCAUCUGAAGUGGCUGCUUUAAUAGUUGGAGAUAUCGAUAGUUCAAUUGGAGACAGAGACAUAAUAGUUGAGACACAAUCCAAGAAACUUCAACGCAUUGAUGUGCAUCAUCCUUUGUAUCUUGGCUUACAGUAUCCUUUGUUGUUUCCUUAUGGAGAAGAUGGAUAUAGGGAUGAUGUUAAGUUUAGACUUCCAACUGGUGCUAAGAAACAUGCCAGAGCAAAAGUUAGCAUGAGGGAGUUCUUUUCAUUUAGACUACAAGAGAGAAAAGAAGAGUCUCAACUUCUAUUUCUUUCUCGAAAGCUCUUUCAACAGUUCUUAGUGGAUGCUUAUACCAUGAUUGAAGCAGAUCGUUUGAAUUUUCUCAAAUUUAACCAGCCUCGAUUAAGAGUGGAUUUGUAUAAAAGUGUUGGUGAUGCUCUAAAUCGAGGGGAGAAAGAAGCAUCUACUACUGGCAAACGAAUUAUUCUUCCGUCAUCUUUUACUGGAGGGCCUAGAUAUAUGUCAAAGAAUUGCAAAGACGCAUUUGCUAUCUGUCGUUGGGCAGGUUAUCCAAGUCUUUUUAUAACCAUAACAUGCAAUCCAAAAUGGCCAGAGAUCACUAGAUUUGCCAACAAAAGAGGUGUUCGACCUGAGGAUCGUCCAGACAUUCUUUGCAGAGUUUUUAAGAUUAAAUUGGAUCAAUUGCUAAAGGACUUGAAGAAAGGGCACAUUUUUGGAACAGUUAUUGGAUGCAUUGUUGAUGAGAUUUUUGCAAGCUACAUACAUGAAGGGCAGGACAAUGUUUGGUUCCUGAUCGUUCUGUCAGUUAGCAUUGAGAUUGAGUGCUCGGUUUUGUGCGAGUGAGGUAAGUAAAUUAUGGUAAAGCCCUUCGAUUUUAAAGCAUGUUUUCAAUCGUUUUUGAGAUGGUGGUAAGGUUUAAAUUGAUUUUAAAUUGAUUUUAUUAACAUCUGAGUGUGAUUAAAUUGAAAUGAAAAUUUGGAUGAUUUUCUUGAGAAUUUCCUUGUUUUUCUGAAAUUGAGCAUGAUUGGAAUGAAAAUGAGGAUUUUAUUGAUUUUCUGGAAAUGAGCAUGAUUGAGAAAUGAAAAUGGGAAUUUCAUUGUUUUUCUGGAGUUGAACAUGCCUAUUUGGGAAUUGACUGAAUUGUUUUGAUGAACUAAGAAUUUUGUAAAUGUUGAGUUUUCUGUUAAAUCCAUGCCCGCAUGGAAAUUUUCCGGUUUGUUCUGAAAUUCGGGAUUGAUUGUGAAGUUCGGGUUUUUCUGUAAAUCUUGCAUGGAUUUGUCUCGGAUAUAGUCAUGAUUACUGACGCCCGCUAGUGGGAGUUGUAAAC